CUCCCCAGCCCCGCCCCUGACCCAGAGCCCCCAGGAAAAAGGACUGGCGUAAAUCUCCGCCUGCCUGCGCGGACGCCCCCGGGGCCGCCCCGUGACGUCAGUGCUGAGCGAGGGGCCGCCGCCGCCUCCUGGCUGCCCGCCCUGCGGCCCCCGGCUGCCCUUUAAAACAGCGGGUCUGAGCCAACCGCGCCACACCGCGGGGACCAGGAUCCACGGCUGGUUUCCCAGGGUGUCUGCAGUCGUCCUCCGUCUGCACUUCGCCCCGCCGGUCUAACCGCCGCUUUCCUCUUCUCCAUGCAGGUUCGGGCGAGCCGGGCCAUGCAGCGGGUGGUGCUUCUCGGCCUCCUGGGUGCGGCGGUGGUGGCCGCUGUCAGUUCUAUGCCAGUGGAUAACAGGAACCACAAUGAAGAAAUGGUGACUCGCUGCAUCAUCGAGGUCCUCUCAAAUGCCCUGUCAAAGUCUAAUGCUCCACCCAUCACCCCUGAGUGCCGACAGGUCCUGAAGAAGAGUGGAAAAGAGGUCGAAGAUGAAGAGAAAAAUGAAAGCGAAAACACCAAGUUUGAAGUGAGAUUGUUAAGAGACCCAGCUGAUGCUUCAGAAGCGGAUACACCCUCCAGCAGGGAAGAAGCUGGAGCCCGAGGGGAGGAAGACACCCAAGGCCUGACCGUGAAAGACCAGGAGAAAUGGUCCCAGGAAGGCAGGCACAGCAGAGAGCAAGCAGGAGAGCCCCGAGUGAACUUCUAUCCUUCUGAUGGUCAAGUCUCCAAAGAAACAAAGAUACACCAUUCUGAGAAGAGUGAGGAAGAGGACAUGGGGGAUGGGGAGGGAGAGAAGUAUCAGAAAAGGGAACGUGCAGAAGAUGGCAGUGAAGAGAAACAGCUUGAAGAGUUAGGAAAGACACAAAGCACCUUUCUGGACAAAAGAAACCAGGCUACAGUUAAGAAUAAAGAGGAGCUGGGAAACCAAUAUGAUAAACACUUCAGGAGGCACUCUGAGGAGAAGACACACAGCCGGGAGACGAGUAGUCAGGAGAGUGGAGAGGAGGUGGAAAGGAGCCAGGAGAAACAGCUCCAGGAGUCUAAAAGUCAAUCCAGGAGCCAGGAAGAGUCUGAAGAAAGUGAGGAAGACACUACCUCAGAGGUGGCCAAACGGCGCUUGCGGCCAAGACACCACCAUGGGAGGAGCAGGCCUGACAGGUCAUCCCAAGGAGGGAAUCCUCCUUCUGAGGAGAGGAGACACUCCUUUGAGGAAUCUGAAGAGUCGAUGGGCAAGGCCAAUCCAGGGGAAAAGAGAUCCCAACAUUCAACUCACUACAGGGCUUCCGAGGAAGAGCCUGAAUAUGGGGAAGAAGUGAGGAAUUAUAUAGGUGUCCAGGCUCCCGCAGACCUCAAGGGGGGAAGAUACGGGGGCAGAAGAAGUGAGGAGGACAAGGCGCCAAGGCCUCACAGUGAGGAGAGCCAGGAGGAGGAGGACAAGAGAAAUCCCCCCAGCUCUGAGCUCGACAGCAUGGUGCACAGACACAGUGAAGAAAGCGAGGGAGGGAGGGCCCAUGAGGGGGGAAAAGGCCACUAUCACAGAGGCCAGGGAGGGGAGCCAGGGGCCCACUCCAGUCUUGACACUAGAGAAGAAAAAAGGUUCUUAGGCGAAGUACACCACCAUGUUCAAGAAAGCCAAAUGGACAAGGCAAGGAGACAUCUUCAGCAUGAGUGGAAAGAGCAGGACAGAAAUUACCCCAACUAUGGUGAAAGAAAUGGUGAGGAACGCACCUCAAAAUGGCAGCAGCAAGAGGAUCUACAAGACUCUAAAGAGAACAGGGAGGAAGCUAGGCUUCAAGACAGACAAUAUGCUCCCCAUCACACCACUGAGAGGAGAAAGAGGUUAGGGGAGCUGUUCAACCCAUACUAUGACCCGCCCCAGGGGAAGGGCAGCAGCCAUUUUGAGAGAAAGGACAACAUGAAUGACAAUUUUCUUGAGGGUGAAGAGGAAAACGGGCUGACCUUGAAUGAGAAGAAUUUCUUCCCAGAAUAUAAUUAUGACUGGUGGGAUAAAAAACCCUUCACAGAUGAUGUGAAUUGGGGAUAUGAGAAGAGAAGUCUCGACAGGGCGCCCAAACUGGAUCUGAAAAGGCAGUAUGACAGAGUGGCCGAACUGGACCAGCUCCUUCACUACAGGAAGAAGUCAGCUGAAUUCCCGGACUUCUAUGACUCUGAGGAGCCGACCAACAUGCGCCACAGGGCAGAAAAUGAAAAGGACAGGGUCGGCCAGAGGGUUCUGACCGAGGAAGAGGAAAAAGAACUUGAAAACUUGGCUGCGAUGGAUUUGGAACUACAGAAAAUAGCUGAGAAGUUCAGUGGUAAUCGAAGGGGCUGAUGGUCAUUGGAGCAAAGGGCAGUUUCCCUCCACUUUACUGAAAGACACCACUUAUUAUCCAGAGGCAAAAAGUAGAAUUUACUAUUCAUCAAAUAUUUGACACAAUUGGGAAUGUCUUUAUUUUUUUGCCAGAAUGCUAUUGUUAUGUGAAUAGCAUGACUUGUAGCAUAUACUUUCUCACAAAAUAGACAUAUUAAUGUGCUUGUGACCACAACUGUGCUACUACUGUCUUUGAAAAAGUAUAUUUGUCUCUGUUUGAAAUAAUAAAAGAUUCAUCUGAGACCAGAA